GCUCGCCUUCAAACUUUGUUACUUCCACACAAAUAGGACCAGGCAGUAGUAGAUCUUCAGUGUUCUGUUUUAGAGUUUGAACUGGAUCGUAACAAGAAUAAACCGGUAUCUUGACGCGGAGAUUGAACACAGCCAUUGUGGUUCGCUAUGGCGAAGUACAUGGUCGCGGAGGCGGCCGCUGUGUGCGUAUUCUUAGUCGUUGCGCUCCUAGCUAUCGACGUGUCUCAAGCGCAGGAACCUGCUUCGAAUGGCUCCCAUAUCAACAUUUGGAUUGUUACACAUACCCACGAUGACGUUGGCUGGCUACAAACAGUGGACCAGUACUACAUCAGUGAGGUGCAGUGGAUUCUGGACACGGCGAUGAGGUGCCUUAUGGACAACCCCAACCGACGCUUCACGUAUGUGGAGAUUGCCUACUUCUAUCGGUGGUGGAACGAGCAAAGUCCCGACAUGCAACAGGCGGUUGUCAAACUGGCGAAAAGUGGCCAGUUGGAGUUCAACCUUGCUGGAUGGUGUAUGAAUGAUGAAGCAGCCACCAGCUUCUUCAGCGUGAUCAAUCAGAUGUCUGAAGGUGCUCUUUUCCUUCACGAUGCACUCGGCCCAGAUAUCUUCCCGAAGGUUGGCUGGCAUGUGGAUCCGUUCGGUCACAGCAGUGUGACACCGUCCCUGUGGGCUGAUAUGGGCUUCGAUGCAUUCGGCAUCAACCGUAUCGAUUUCAGGGACAAGGACAGAAGGAAGGCGAACCGAGAACUAGAAUUCAUAUGGCGGGGUUCGAAAAGUCUCGGAGAGGAAACGGAAAUAUUCACACACAUCAUGGAUAGCCAUUACUGCACCCCAGGAGAAUGUGGCUAUGACGGGCACCUUCAAAUUCAGAACGACCCAUUGCUACCAACAUAUCCUCUCAAUGCAGGAAGUCAAGCUGUGGCAUUUGUCAACAUGGCAAGAGCACGCAAUCAGUGGUACCGGCACAAUCAUAUCCUCAUUCCGUUCGGCUGUGACUUUGGCCAUCAGAAUGCCUUCAAGAGCUUUGAUCAGAUGGACAAACUCAUUGAUGCUGUUAAUGGCAACCCAGCUUUGAAUGCUACAGUUCGAUAUGGAACAUUUGGCUCCUACGUUGCGGCUAUAAAUGCUCUAAACCUGACGUGGCCAGUAUACACAGGUGACUUCUUCCCCUAUGCUAGCAACUAUGGACAAUACUGGACGGGAUACUACACCAGUAGACCAUUGUUGAAAGGUUACGUGCGCUCACGAGCCGCGCUGAUGCGUAGUGUUGAGCUACUAUUGUAUGCAGCUGCCAAGUCACCGAUUGCAUCACCACUGGACGAAAAGAGCAUCAUGGAUGAACUUGGUUUGCUGAGACGAGCCAUGGGUGUAACGCAGCAUCAUGACGGAGUUUCAGGCACGGAAAAGCAAGCGGUGGCUGAUGAUUACUACCUACAACUGUACAAGGGAACUGUGGCUUGUGAAAACCUGGCUUCAAACCUACUCAGUAGUAUGAUCAAGGGCAAAGCAGCAUCUGCUCCACAACUAUUUCAGAACUCGUCAGAGGUCAUGGUGAACCUCAGCGCAUCAGAUGAGAUUUCUGUGGUUGUGUUCAACUCACUUGCCUGGGAGAGGGACGUCGUGGUCACCGUGCCGACAAACUUGAGCAACCUAGUUGUGACGGACUCCACUGGAAAACAAGUUGCUGCCCAGCAAGUCUUGCCCUCGCCAUCAUACAACCCAGAAGUGGCCAACAAGACAGCUUUUGAGCUUUUGUUCAUAACACAUUUGCCUGCCUUUGGAUUCGAGACAUUCUUCUUGAAGCGCAGUAGCCUUGUGGAGGUCUCGGAGUUUGUCGAAAUGGCCAAUGAGGACAUUGCAAUUGAGAAUGCACAGAUAAAGGCAACAUUCUCUGGAGCAACCCACCGCCUCGGCAGUGUUGCACUGAAGGAUGGAGGCAAAACCAUCACAGUUGACAACAACCUUGUGCAGUAUGCCAGUGCAGCGGGAAAUAACGAGCCAGCCAGUGGUGCCUACGUCUUCAGACCUAUGCAAGACAACUACGUAUCUGUGGGACAGCAAAAGAACGGUGCAGAGCAUAGCACAGGAUGGCACUUCCCCGUGAAGCAGAACAAGUAUGGAAGUCAUGAUUUCCCUCUCCUACUGGCCACUCCGACCUGCCAACCAGGCCAGACGUUUUCAGACACGUUUGCUGUUUCGAUCCAGCACUCGGAUGUUUUCCAGACAAGCUUCCACAUGUUCCGGGCUGAUGGUGCACAAGGAUGGAGUCAAAACCCAUGGGUGAACUAUGCCAUCCUGGAUGAUACCCAGCCCCCGCUCAAUGGCCUCAGCGGCUAUCAGUUCGGAACAUCAGAAGUUAAGGCGAGCACUUCCAAAUGCGCCCAGGCCGAGAUUACAUUUGAUAAAGCCUUCACAGCAGCACCUCAGGUAAUCACGACCAUUGAAGACCCACAGAUAGGAGUGAGUUUCUACGCGUCCUCAGUGCUGGUGACAUCUACAACAUCUGCCACAGUCAAUGUAUGCAGAGCUGAUGGUGCUGGCGGCGGUUGGGGAAAGUCGGUAUUCCUCAACUAUCUUGCGUUUGACAGUUCUGCAAAGGCUACUCAUGACGACGUGAGGUUUGGCUCAUUCGGCGUAUCUGGCUCUUUCAAGGGCCCAAAGCAAACCAACGUCUCCUUCAGCUCAAUGUAUCCUGUGUACCGGGGUAUUGUUCUGGCGACGGCGGUGAGCAAAAGCGGACAGGUGUAUGCUGUGACAUCAUACAACUCUAGUGUGGAUGGUUUUGGCAUGAACGUUCACUCCUUGGACGGGAAGCCCUGGACAGAUGACCUGACGGUGAACUGGUUGAUCUUCCGUCGAAAUACCAUUGAAGCACCGGUCAUGGAUGAUGAGAGUAUCGUAACAAAAGUCACAACAGGUCCAGUGGUUCAGGAAGUCAGACAGGUAUUCAAGAACCAUUAUGCUAUCACAUCUCGCCUGUAUCAAGGCUCAUCUCCAACCUUCCAGUUUUUGGAUCAAACUUACGACAUUGGACCACUGGAUUUGGGUAAAGAGCUGGUCACCAGAUUCCAAACAAGCCUGUCGAAUCCCACAUGGUAUUCAGAUGAUACUGGGUUGGAGCUGAUUCCACGACAGUACGAUCCCACUAAGGAUGAAGCAGUAGCAGGUAACUACUAUCCGAUGGUGAUGGGUUCAUUCAUGAACGACACUGCGGAUGCCGUCAGCAUGUCGUUCCUGUCCGAACGCUCUCACGGCAGUGCCAGUCUUGGUGACGGAAUGAUGGAGGUCAUGCUUCACAGGAGAUGCCUGCAGGACGAUCACUUUGGAGUUGGUGAAGUCCUAAAUGAAACUGACCACAUCAGACCAAGGCUAUGGAUUGUCCCAGCAGAUAGUGCUGAAGCCGGAUACAACCUCAGACGCAAGCUCCAGUACGAGCUGCAAAACCCACCAUUUGUGAUGUAUGGCAAGGCGGCAGCGGGCGCUUGGGCUCAGUCCUACACUACGUCAUUCUCGGCCAUGAGCAAGCCAUUGCCGGACAAUGUCCACCUGUUGGCGCUGAAGGCGAGGAACGACAGCGAGACGGGAAAGAUAGCUCAGUACGUAAUUCGUCUUCAGCAUGUGUUUGAGAAGGAUGAAGGCUCUCCACUGGCCGUGCCUGUCACCCUCAACAGUGAUGACUACUUUGCAGAGGGCUUUCAGCCAACCAUGGCCAGUGAAUCUACGCUGUCUGCAAACAGAGAUCGAUCAGCUGUCAAUCGUCUGCCAUGGAAAGCAGAAUCAGGUGACUGGCCAACAUCAUCAUCAUCAUCAUCAUCAUCAUCAUCAUCAUCGCAGAAGUGGGAUGCCGAGCAAGCCAACACGGUUAACCUCGUGCCCAGGCAGAUACGUACUUUCAUUGCCAACUAGACUGUCAUAAAGCUGAGUGCAAACAAUA